GUGAGCGUCCGUUCCCUACAAAUACCUGCUGCCCCUUUUGCGUCUUUCCCCAGGACCCAACUAGCUUCUCUAUUUCGAGUCUCGUUUCUGUCACAAACCAAAGCAAACCAUAAGCACCACAUCAUGCCCGCAAUCAUGCGAGGGCGUCGGGCGGCGGCCAAGGAGGUUGAGAGCGUCAAAGUGGCCGAGAGCGUCAAGGUGCCGCACGACGAGAGCGUCAAGGUGGCCGGGAGCGUCAAGGUGCCGCACGACGAGCCGUACCUCAUGCAGAUCCUCCACAUGCUGGGAGAAGCCGAAGCCAAGAUCAGCACCGGCGUCACCGAUCUGUCCCUGCCGUUCGGCCACCAACCGGCCGCUCUCGCCACAAACAAGACCAACCCCUUCCAAGACUACAAUUCCGUCCUGCCGGAGGGACUGUCGCGCGACCACCCGUGGGCGAUGCCGCACAUGGACAACGGCGAAACGUUUGCCUCGUGGUUCCUCGUUGGCGCGGUGCCGUUGUUCCUGCUCGGCAUAUUCCUCUAUGACUUUGUGCUGAAGUGGCAGAGCGGCGAGACGCAGCAGCAGGCGCGGGAGAUGCGCGACAUGUUUAUUUUGCUCGGCAAGCUAAUCUACAAGGCCAUUUUCGUGAAAGAGGAACAGCCCGGCGAGUCCAACAGCCCCCCUUUUAGCGGAGGAGGCGGCGGUGGCGGCGGCAACCUCUCCGGAGGCGAGAAAGCAGCAGGGGCUGGCAACAGCCAGGACGGCGGCCCGAACCCAAACAACCUGAACCAGCAGAUGCAGCAGCAGCAUCCGUGGCCCAAUCUGCCCGGCAGCAGCAGCGGCGAGAGCGGCGGCAGCAGCAACACCAAAGUAGCCCCCGCCGCCCUCGCUGCCGCGGGAUCCUCGUCGCUCAACGAAAACAGCCUCGCAACGCCAUCAGCGCCGCCACCCACCGCCUCGACGUCCGCCGCAGCCUCUCUAUCGCCCUCCUCGUCUUACGCCACCAAAAGCCGCAGAAAUUCGAACCCGGCCGCCGCGCCCACCAUCUGCUCAUCCACGCCGCGCACCGUCCUCGUCCCCGCGUCCCUCCUCGCGCGCCCCAACACGGCAGACCCCGUCCUCGCCACCACCAGCGCCAUGCUGCUAAACCCCGGGCUGCUCGACAUCACCAGCAAGCCCGCGCCGCCUCCCACACUCGACACCAAGACCUUCAUCGCCUCCACCGCGCCGCAGCUGCUGCCCAGCCCCGUCACCACCGACGACCACGACCGUUCGGACUCGGAGCCCGAUUACAGCUUUUUCACCGGCCUCAACAGCAGCGCCAAGGACCAGGGCAAGAGAACAGGCAAAGACAAGGCCGCGGGCCACGGCCACGCGCCGUCCGCGUCAGAGUCUGCUGCCGCCGCGCCGGCGGGUCAGAAACCCGUCCGCGCCAGCUGGCUGAGCGAGUACCCUGCUGCAGUCGCCGCGGCGUCGGCGCCUGGGUCGCUGCGCGCGAGUUUGGUGAUGGCUAGUGGGGGUGGGAGUGAGAGUGGCGGUGUGAAUGGUAGUGGAGGCGGUGGCAAUAGGGUGGAUGCCAAGUCGGGCGCUGUGGCUGUUGGCGGCGGCAAGCGGGCUAGCGAGCUGUGAUGGGUGGGUGGGUGUGUUUUGGUCGAUUGAUUUGGUCGAUUGAUUUGGCUUCGAGGU